CCUCGCAAUUGCCGUAAUCCCCGUUCCGACGAUGCCUAGACUCAAUGGCCAACCGCGCCUCGCUGUCACCCCCUUCCACCCUCUCGAUGAUGUGCCUUCCUCCAUACAGUGCUGCUUUCCCCCAUAAUUACUCUUCGUUCCAUUAUCUCGUUCUCGCUGCUUCCCUAUCGAAUUCCCGCUCCACUCGGACGAUCUCUGCGCUGCAAGAGACUUGCGCCACAACUCCAUGAAAAUGAUCAGAGUGGAAGAUAACCGUUGCCCUAAAAACAAAUCCUCAUCUCAUGACCC